GAAAAUGCCACCUAAAUUGGUGUCCACCAAAUCCAACUAUGGAUAUAAGGAUGCUGUACAGGAGGCAGUUUCCGAGGGACUUUCGACGUUGGAUUACCAAAUAUUGUUGGACAAACUGAAUGCCAAUCAGAAGCGAGUGGUUCCAUUUGGCAACACUAGCAAAACUCGUUAUGCCUUGCUAAAGUGCUUCCAACGUUUCCAGGCAAAAUCCAAUGAUGUCACUAAUGGAGUCUAUGAGUCUACUGACAUUUCCAUUGAGCCGGCAGACGAAACAUUGAUAGAAGCCAAUUUGAAAUGUUUUCGAAAAGAGUGCCACAGUGGAAAUGAAAGUUUGAAUCGAUCGGUUCUCCUAGUUGACAAUUUGAAUAGCCCACGUGCAAUGUUUUCAAAAUGCAAUUAUGAGGACUGUAAAUUUAAUGUAAUCGAUUUUAAAAAUAUAUAUUCUUUAUUAACAAACCAUUUCUCUGCUUCAAAAAGUAUAGAGCACAUGAAUAGAGAAUCUAACAGCUCUCAUAAUU